GUGGAGCUCCCGACUGCGUUACGAGCUGUUGGCGGGGUGUGUGCUGCGUGUCAGCGAGCAGCUGGCAGUGGAUGCUAGCUCUGAGGCGAAAUGGCUCUGAUACGACUGAGGAACCCAAAGGGCCCCAAUGCAGCAGAGAUAGAGAGGAAAAUUAAAAGAGGAAACGCUCUGAGACAGGGCUCCUCAUGGCGGGGCUCUCGGGGGAUCCUGCUCAUGCUUCUGGUUACUUUGGGUUUAUGUGCAGUCGCCGUGUGGCUUUACUUGGCUGCCUUGGAUAGUGACAUCACAGAGACUCUGGUCAGCAGCAGGGAAACAAUCUCCCCUCAGCCCGUCGUCUACGACGUCCAGUGCUCUGAGGACUACGAGAACUACAAACGUUAUCCAGGUUGCACCCCUCAGAAGUGUGGCCGAGCUGUCACAGACGGCGUGGUGACGAGUGAGGAGGCUCAGGCCCUCAGGAGGCUCGCUGAGAGGGGACUGGCGCUGGCCGGGUCCGAGGGAGGAGCCUCCAUACUGGACCUUCACUCUGGAGCAUUGUCCAUGGGAAAACAAUUUGUUAAUAUAUACAGGUAUUUCGGGGAUCAAAUCACAAAUGUGUUCACAGAAGAGGAUUUCAAGCUUUACAGAGAAGUGCGUGGCCGGAUCCAGGCGGUCAUUGCUGAAACAUUUGGCUUGGACCCGACUCUGAUGUACCUCACCAAGCCCACCUUCUUCUCCAGAAUCAACAGCACCGAAGCCAAGACCCAGCAUGACGAGUACUGGCAUCCGCACAUUGAUAAGGAGACAUAUGGCUCUUUUGACUACACAUCUCUCCUGUACCUGUCCAACUACGGUUCAGACUUCACCGGUGGAAGAUUUGUCUUCAUGGAUCCGAAUGGCAAUCGAACUGUGGAACCACGGGCAGGGCGAGUCUCUUUCUUCUCCUCUGGAUCAGAGAACCUUCACCGUGUGGAGAAGGUAACAUGGGGGACACGUUACGCCAUCACAGUCUCCUUCACUUGUAACCCCAGCCACGCCAUCUCUGACCCCUCGCUGCCCUGAGGUGUCCACCGAUGACGGAGCCGCCAAUAUGCUCAGACGAGCCCUGCAACAAAGAUGGAAACAAAGAAAAUUAACAGGAGGAAGAAACUGUUUUUAUUAGAUUUUCAUAAGUAAACCAGCUGCGAUCAAGAACUCUCAGCAGCUGCAGCGUAAAAACAAGCAGCAGGCACGUGAACGCAGCAAAGAAUAAGUGAAUGUAUAUGUAAUUGGUUCUUUUUUGAGUAUCCUAGGUGGAAACUCUGAGAUGAUAAACUUCAAAUAGUUGGUUUACUUCUGCUUAACCAGCAGCUGUUCUGCUGCAUUUUUUACUGGAAGGAAAAAGUCCUGGUUCUCCUUUUUCCUCCUGUUUUGAGCAGUGGUUAAAAGGCCUACACUGCUGAUGUCAUGGUGCACAAGUUGGGUUUUUUAAGGAUGCUAGUUUUCUCCAUCAUUCCACUGCUGAUGAGGAUCCACGUCCUCAGAAUGUACCCACUGGAAGCUUCAUGUUCAGGAAAAAGAUCUUUUUCACACAGAUUAUGAGUUCCACUCACUAGAAAUCCUGCUUCAAAAACAUUUCCACGUAAUUUUUUUUCUUACAUUUAAGAGCAAAACUUUGCAUUCUGCAAGAAAAUUCUCUAUAAUUUCUGUUAUUAAUAAUGAUAGCUAGCAUCUGAAAGUGUCAAAGCUUUUACACUGGAUACCCAGUGCUUGGUAAUUGCAGACAUGUCUCAAUGCAAAGACUUUUUCCUUAAGUUUCGUCUGCUUUCCUAUUUCUUCUGUUCUUGAUUUAUUUUAAAGUUUGUUUUAGUAGAAAAAGACAAGAUGUUUUCAAAUGAUCAAUUCCAUAUUUAAGGGAAGAAGGCUUUUCAAACCAACCCGUUCCUAUAAAAUAAAAAUAAUAAUUAUUAUUUUAAUAAUUUCCCCCUAAAAAUACUGAUAACAGGCACCAGAUUUCAGUAUAUGACCUCACUAUGAAUGAAUGCUGGCCCAAUUUUUACAGAAUAGUUUUAAAUAAGGGUUUUUAAUCAUAAAACAUAUAAUCUAAAUUCUGACCUUUGUACUCUGUUUAUCUUUGACAUGAAAAAUCUCCAAUGGGAUAAAAUCUUUUUUUUUUUUCACAGCGAUGUAAAUCUGCCAACAGCUUGGAUUGUUGUUCAUGUUAUUUUGAAUGUGUCAGGGUUCCUGCUGGGUUCUUAUGAUUCAAGGAAUUGCUUGUAAAAAAGAAAAACCAAACCAUAAACCUGCAUCUCAAACUGAAACCGCUUUAAAGAUGUAAAUCUUCAGUGAUUCUCAGGGCCUUUGUUUGUUUUAUAAAGGACAUUUCUGUUGGUCUGCAUCUGAAGGUUUGUUUAUAUCUUGCCGUUGUAUUGAAGUACUGACCUGAGAGAACUCAAUGUGCCAAAGCCCUGUUUUAGCACACAGAGGUAAUGUUCUCCUGUUUCCUUUCAGCAAUUAUUAAACCAUAACACUUGAGUGAACGUUUUGUAUUUAUAAAAUAAGCCAAGAUCA